AUGCGCACCUCUCCGAACGUGAUCAUCACUGGCACCCCCGGCGUGGGCAAGACCGUGCACUGUGAACAACUCGCGCAAGAAAUCGGCUUGAAGCAUCUGUCCAUCAACCAGAUAGCCAAAGACCGUGAUUGCUUCGACGAAUACGACGAGGAAUUGAAGACAUGGGUAGUCGAUGAGGACAAGCUCCUCGAUGCCCUCGAAGACGAAAUCCCUAACGGCGGCUACCUAAUCGACUGGCACGCCUGCGAUCUCUUCCCGAAAUCCUGGAUCGAUCUCGUCGUUGUGCUCCGUUGCCCCACUACAGAUAUCCUAUAUGACCGACUUUCCUCAAGGGGCUACCACGAGAAAAAGCUAGAAGAAAACGUCGACGCGGAGAUCUUCGGCGUCCUAAUCGACGAAGCGCGAGAAGCUUUCGACGAAGAGAUUGUGGUAGAAUUGACGAGCGAGCAGGAUUCAGACGUGGACUCGAACUGUCAGCGAAUCGCGCAAUGGGUCGAAUCAUGGAAGCAAACGCAGCAGAACGCGGACUGA